AUGAAUAAGACCGAAUAUAUAUUUUCAGUAUUAUAUUAUGUUUCAAUACUAUCAGUGAUCGUUAUUGUUGAUGCUAGGGGUCGUGGAGGUAGAGUCUUCGAUAAGAACUAUGUUGUUACAUGGGGAAAUAUCUUGAAAUUCAACCAAGGCAGAGAAGUUCAGCUCCUCAUGGAUAAAGCUUCAGGUUCUGCUUUUGAGUCUAAACAUAAUUACGGAUCAGGAUUCUUUCAAAUGAGAAUCAAACUGCCUUUAAGAGAUUCCGCUGGAGUUGUUACAGCUUUUUACUUGACUUCGAAGGGAAACGCACACGACGAGCUGGACUUUGAGUUCUUGGGGAAUAGAGGAGGAAAACCAAUAGCAAUUCAAACAAACGUGUUUACUAAUGGUCAAGGAAAUAGAGAACAAAAGUUUGUUCUUUGGUUCGAUCCAACCACAAAUUUCCACACUUAUGGGAUUCUCUGGAAUCCGUAUCAUAUUGUGUUUUAUGUGGACAAAGUCCCAAUAAGGAUAUUUAAGAAUAAGAAAAGAUUUGGUGUAGGCUAUCCAUCAAAGCCGAUGAAAGUUGUGGCUAGUCUAUGGAACGGAGAGGACUGGGCGACAGACGGUGGUAAGGCCAAGAUUAAUUGGUCUUACGCUCCUUUUAAAGCCAACUUCCAAAGGUUUUUCGAUUCUGGUUGUCAUAUGGAUGGUCAGAAACAGAGCGGAAAAUUUUGUGGUUCAGCAAUAUACUGGUGGAAUAGGAGGAUUUAUAGUAGGUUAACUGAAAAUGAAGAGAAGGCAUUCAAGCAUGUGAGAACGAAGUACAUGAACUACGAUUAUUGUUCUGAUCGCCCUAGAUUUCCUGUUCCUCCUAUUGAAUGUAGAUGGAAUCAGUGA